AUGACCAUUUCUUCACUCAACAAUCGACUUCCUUCACACAAGAUUACAAAAUUCAUAUGGCGACUUUCAACACGUGUCAAAUAUAAUACAGUGCUAAUGGCGUCUGUGGCUGGAGUUAUCAACGGUUGCGUUUCAUCUUCCACUUCAUCUUCAUCGUCGUGGGGGAAACUGAAGAAAUCUCACGAGAAGAUGACGACGACGACGAGUGCUGGUAAGAGGUUUCGAGUUAGCUGUGCUUUUACGAGUUCUCUAGCUUCAGAUCCAUAUAAAAUAUUGAGGAUUCAUCCUGGUGCUUCUGAAUCUGAGAUAAAAAAAGCUUUCAGACAGCUUGCUUUGAAGUAUCAUCCGGACGUUUGCAAAGGAAGCGAUUGUGGAAUCCAAUUUCAAGAAAUUAACGAAGCAUAUGAUAUAGUAAUGAAUAAUUUAAGGGGUGAAAUGACUGUAGAAGAAACACAGGAUGAACCGUUGGAUGAGACGAUGAGAGGAAUGGAGGACCCUGAUUGGGACAUGUGGGAGGAAUGGAUGGGUUGGGAAGGAGCGGGUAUACGUGAUUACUCCUCACACAUUAAUCCUUACAUCUAAUUUUUUUUAAUUCAUCUCCCUAAACUUAUUUCUUUUCACAUUCUUUCUUCUUGUGUAAGGGAAACUAAAUAUGCAUGUAUAUAUUUAGAAAAGAAUUGUAAAUUUUAAUAUAUUCGUUAUGAUAAUAUAUACAUGUAUAAUUAUAAUUCCUAGAUCCAUUGUUGGUUUUGUGUACAAAAAAUGGUGUAUGGGUCGUACCAUUGGAGCCUCGUUUGUAUCAUGUGAUACAUGUAUAAUUAUAAUUCCUAGAUACAUUAAUAUAUUAAAAUCUAAUGUGAUACAUGAAUUCUCAUGUGUGUUUUUGGCAUUGUAUCAUGUGAUGACCAAAAUACAUGUUUUGAUAUUGAAUU